AUGCAUUGGGUGAUUAAAGACAAAGGUGAAUCUUGGACCGGUCAAUAUUUUCGUGACAUUAUUUUAAUGCAACACGUAUUUCCAUUCCUCACCGACGAGGAAAACGUAAUUGAUCUGGAUAAUGUGAUAUUUGUUCACGAUAAAGCACCGUGUAUGCGAGCAAACAUGACUCAACAUCUGAUUAGAGAUAACAAAAUCGAGUUUUGGGGCAAUGAUAUUUGGCCUGGUAAUUCGCCCGAUCUCAAUGCGGCGGAACAUAUUGGAUCAAUAAUGAAAGAUGAAGUUGAACAAAAAAUGUUAUCGGAAACUGGACAUAAUCGAUAUAGUGAAGACACACUUAAAAAGCACAUUCGGGCAGUAAAGAGUGCUAAUGGUCGUCAUACUGAUUAUUGA